AUGAGCGGCUCCGGAGGAGGCACCGGAGGGAAAUUCAACCCCAAAUCCCUCCUCUACGACCGCUCCGCCACGCUUCCUCCCUUUCUCGCUCGGUUACACGCCCAACACGCCCCCGGCAAUUAUGACGGUCCCGAUCCGAUCCUGGCAGCGCGGAGACGACCGACGAAGAGACCGAGAAGUGGCAGUGAAGAAGCGGAGGAUGCGCCGCUUGUUCUUGACGAGCAAGGGAAUGUGGUUGAUGGAGUUAGUGUGGGGGUGGAUGGUGUGGUCACGGAGAGGUUUAGGGUAGAAGGGGAGGGGGAGGGGGACAACAACACAGGGGAGGGGACCAAGGAGGGGGAAGGAAAACAAGGAGGGAAAGAGGGGGACAAAAACGAAAAUGGGGAUGGAAACAAAGAUGGGAAAGAAGAUAAAAGCGUAGGGAUAGGAGCGAGUAAGAAGAAGAGAAAGGUAGGGAAGGUUAUUGCUGGUGAUGGUGAUGAUGAUUCGGAGCAAGAGCAAGAGCAAGAGCAAGAUGGGGAUGAUAGGAAAUCAUCAGCGGGGAAAAUAAAGGACAAGAACAGUGGGAAUCCUGAAAAGGCAGGGGAGAAACCAAAGCCCAACAAGACGACUACCAAGAAAAAGACGACGGCCAAGAAAAUCAAGCUUAGCUUUGGUGAUGGUGAUGAGGAGGGUUGA